CUCGUUUUAUCCUGGAAAUUAUUGAAGGAAUGAUUUAUCUGCAUAGUGAAAAAGUGAUCCACAAGGACCUGAAACCAGAAAAUAUUCUGGCAGAUGAUAAUUUUCAUGUUAAGAUUGCAGAUCUUGGUGUUGCAGCCUUCCAGAAAUGGAGCACUUUGACCAAAGAGGAAACCAGUCGCCAAAGGAGUCGGAGCAAAAAAACGAGUACAGCCAAGGCUGGCAGCGGUGGGACAUUAAGCUACAUGGCACCUGAGCACUUCAAAGAUAUAAACCAAAAGGCAUCUAAAAAAUCUGACAUGUACAGCUUUGCAAUAGUUAUCUGGGUGAUACUAAGCAACAAGGAACCCUAUGAAAAUGUCAUUAGUAAUGAUCAGCUGUCACUUUGUGUGAAGAAUGGCCAAAGGCCAAGUGUCACUGACUGCAUGUGUCUAGAGGAGGCAGCCAUUCUUAUGCAGGAAUGCUGGAAGGAUAAGCCAAAUGAAAGACCUUCUUUUGAAGACUGUGAAAAACAAUUCAGGCCUGUGUAUUCUGAAAAAUAUGAGAAGGACGUUGAGUGCGAUGUGGCUAAAUUGCAGAAAGAUUACCCUGAACCAGAAGCAUUUAUUCAAAGGAUGGCAUCUUUGCAAAUAGACUGUGAUGCAGAAGCUCCCAGUAUGCCACCAAGAGAUACUCCCCAGUCCCUGCAUAGCUCUCUGGGCUUGGGACAUGGACACAUAAAUGAGAAUUUUUUCAGGGCUUACAAUGAGCCAGAAGAGAGUGAAGAAGAAAAA